AUGGAGAAAAUUACCGACAAGAUAGCCGCCUUGCCGCCCGAUUCCAAUUAUUUCUCGCUCGAGUUCUUCCCGCCCAAGACCCCCAUGGGUUUCUCCAACCUGCGCGACCGACUCGAUCGAAUGGCACGAGCCCUGCGACCCCUAUUCGUGAACGUGACAUGGGGAGCCGGUGGUUCCACCGCCACCAAGUCCCUCGAGCUCGCCGAGAUAUGCCAGAGAGAGUUGAACCUGACCACCUGCCUCCACCUUACCUGUACAAAUAUGAGUCGCAAGUUGAUAGACCGCGCACUGGAUGAUGCAAAGGCCUUGGGCAUACGGAAUAUACUGGCCCUCAGAGGUGACCCCCCGCGCGCUGCAGAGUAUCAGGACCCCAAUGAGAACCCAGAAGACGCCAUUGACGAGGACUUCAUAUGGGCCAUUGACCUGGUGCGCUAUAUCAAGAAGAACCAUGGCGACUAUUUCUGCAUUGGCGUUGCUGCAUAUCCAGAAGGUCAUGCCGACGAGAGCCAUCCACUUGGCCAGAGCAUGGAGCAUGAUCUCCCAUACCUGGUCGACAAGACUCUGGCUGGUGCAGACUUCUUAAUGACUCAGCUAUUCUUCGACACUGAUGCCUAUGCAAAGUUUGAGCGAAUUCUGCGCGAACACCCCAGUGGCGCCUUCAAGACGAUCCCUAUCAUUCCUGGUUUGAUGCCCAUCCAGAGUUACUCCAUGAUCAAGCGGACGACGAAGCUGAGCCAUGCCAAGAUUCCGGAUGCGGUUAUGGACCGGCUCGACGCCGUCAAGAAGGACGACGAGAAAGUCAAGAGCGUGGGUGUCGACAUUGUGAGCGAGAUGGUUGAACAGAUCAAGGACAUCAAGAGCAGCACACCCGGUCCGAAUGGCUUCCACUUUUAUACCCUUAACCUUGAAAAGGCUGUGUCAUUCAUUGUUGAGAGAACCCACCUCAUACUGCCCAGUACCCCUGAGGAGGGAGAAGAGGCCGUCGCAGUUGAUGAUCUUCUGCCCAACAUACCGUCACUCCGGAUUAACGGUAACUCAUCAGCGGACCAUCUGUCACAGCCCAGAGUUAGUUCUAGAAGACCAUCAGGUGUCGGGUCGGAGCCGCGAAACCGCGUUAUUGUGUCGGAACGAUCCCCGUCAAACCCAGAAUAUGAAACCACACAAGCGGAAGCCGGCAAGCCUGCAGAGCCCAUCAACACGAGGGCGAACACCCUAGCGAUAUCGGAAGGAGAAGGUGUGCUCGGUCGAGAGGCCACUUGGGACGACUUCCCAAAUGGAAGAUGGGGUGACGCUCGGUCGCCAGCAUACGGAGAAAUCGACGGGUACGGGCCCAGCUUGCACGUCACCAAUGCUCAGGCUGUCGCAUUAUGGGGCUAUCCCAAGAGAAUAGAAGAUGUGAACGAGUUAUUCGUGCGACACUUGAAGGGGGAACUAACCGCAAUCCCAUGGAGUGAGGAAGAGUUCAAUGAGGAGACUGGCACGAUCAGCGAGGAGCUGCUACGCCUGAACUCAAAGGGCUGGUGGACCGUUGCGUCGCAGCCGGCCGUCAACGGUCUGCCGUCUUCCGACCCGACCUUCGGCUGGGGUCCACAACAGGGCUUCGUCUUUCAGAAGGCAUUCGUCGAGUUUUUCAUGCCGUCGGCCGAGUGGAAGGUGCUGUACGAGAAGCUGCAGGGCUCCGAGGUGCAAGACACCGUCUGCUUCUACGCAGCAAACGCGGCGGGCGACUUCGUGUCAUCGGACCUGACAGGCGGGCUGGCGGGCGAGGCCGUCCGGCAGGUGAGCACCAACGCCGUGACCUGGGGCGUAUUCCCCGGCAAGGAGAUCAUCACGCCCACCAUCAUCGAGGAAGUCAGCUUCCGCGCCUGGAGUGAGGAGGCUUUCGGCAUCUUUGGCGAGUGGGCCAAGGUCUACGACAGGGGGUCCGAAAGUGCGCAGAUGUUGGAGAAGGCCCGGUCCGACGCCUAUCUCGUCAAUAUCAUACACCACGACUACGUGGACAAGGACGCUUUGUGGAACCUGCUGUUAAUAUGA